AGCGAACGCAGCCACAGUUAUAUAUCGAUGGUUGCUUGAAAUGGUUAUUUCCUUAUUUCAGUAUUCACUCGAAUAGAAAUUGAAUCUAUUGCGCCCGAAAUUGUACCUACUACGUCUGCUUUGCCACCGAAAUUAUCAUCUCAAGCGACCAUCGAUACAACUGUACGAUUGAAUUGUAGAUACACCUGAGAGUCAUUGUAAUGGAGACUACAUUUUUUGUUUGCUUUACCCUCUUUCCAAGAGAACCAUCUCUCUACAGCUUAUAUUUAUUUUAAUUAGCUACUUCAUUUAUAUUAGCAAAUUAAUUUUAAAUCAGUACCAACUGGCAUAUACUUUCAACUCAAGUCGUAAAGAAGAAGAAGAAGAAAAAGUUACAUGAGGAUAUUAUGAGUAAAAGUCAAAUCACAUGCAAUAAUGAAUAACAAAUUAUACCAAAUAAUGGAAGAUUUCGCAGACAAUGUAGCCAAACUGUGUAUAGAAAAAUAUAAUUUCUUCAAAAAAACUGGUAAGCCGGACGCUCAUGAAUGGACUGUUCUAUCUGGCAUAAUUUUAGAAAAUGCUAUUGGAUCAUUGUCUCUGGUAGCACUUGCCACUGGAACAAAAUGUCUAGGAGAAUCGGAAUUAAUUAAUGAUACUCGAGAAAAAAGGGGUUCUCGAUUAAGCGACUCUCAUGCUGAAGUUCUGGCUAGACGUGCCUUUAUACGUUACUUGUAUGAUCAGAUUGAUUUGGCUUUACAUGGUUCUGAAAGUGCAGUUUUCUCAUGGAGUCACAAAAAUAAAAUUGAAUUAAAUAGUAAUGUAUCUUUUCAUUUUUUUUCAAGUCAAACACCUUGCGGAGAUUGCUCUAUUUUUCCUAAACACGAAAUUUAUGAUAAUGGUGUCCCUGUGCACAAAAUUAGACGUAUCCGCGAGGAUACUUGUGGAUAUACAAUCGUGGAAUCGUAUUGUAAAGAUAUACACAGAACAGGUGCAAAGUGUGUGAAAGGGGAGGAGAUACAGGAUUCUCGUUUGCCUGGUGUGAAUUAUCAUACUAUAGGUCCAUUGCGUACUAAACCAGGUAGAGGAAAUCCCACAAACAGUUUGUCUUGUUCUGAUAAAAUGGCAAAGUGGCUUAUUCUUGGCCUACAAGGAUCACUUUUGUCAUUGCUGAUACCACCAAUAAAGUUGAAGAGUAUCACGAUUGGAGGUUCUUGUCCUUUUUCUCUGGAUGCCAUGGAACGUGGGUUAUAUAAAAGAUUUAACAAUGAAAUGGAUAAACCCAAAAUUUUUCAAGCAAAAAUUGCUUUUAUACAUAAGAAGGGACAACAAAGAUCACAUCCAUGUCCAACAAGCAUUAUAUGGUGUGCUGUGAGGAACAGUAUAUUAGAAGUAGCAGCUGCAGGCAGAAAACAAGGAGUAACAAAAAAGAAAAAAGGAAAUAAUUUAUUUGUAAGUAGACGAAUGCUAUUGCAAACCUUUUUGCAAAUUUUUGAUAAAUAUCAAGAUAAUUAUAAUGAGAUAAGACAUCCAAAAAAGAUUACAUAUUAUGACUGGAAACAAUGGUCGCUAAUUUAUCAAAGCAAGUGGAAACAAUUAAAACUCGAAUCAUUCCAUAAAUGGCCAUGUAAAUCAGUGCAUUUACAAAAUUUUACAUUAUAAAAUUACUAUAUAAACGUGACACUUUUAAGUCUAAUCUUGUGUAAAA